AUGAAUUGCAUCGAAGAUGUUGUGGAGGAUAUUUACUUAUGGAGGAGGAAGAAACUCGCCUUCUCUAUACUCUCUCUCUCAACGGCGACAUGGGCUUUGCUCAAUAUUUACGGUUUCAGUUCUGUAACCAUUGUUUCUUGGACAGCCAUCGCCAUCAUCUCUUUGUUCUUCCUUUGGGGGAAUUUACUUCGCCUUCUCAGCAAGGUCGAACCGGAUUUGUCGGGGUUAGAGGUGUCGGAGGAGUUUGUAGUGGAAACGGUGAGGUCUUUUCGGAAGUUAAUGGAAGAAAUGGUUAGAUGGAUGUUCCGAGUCGGUGCUGAAAAUGAAUGGUUUGUGUUCGCGAGAACCGUUUUGGGUCUUUGGGUCUUGUCAAGAAUUGGGAACCUUCUCGAUUUUCAUACUUUCCUCUUCAUCGGUUUGGUGAUCGGCUUAACACUUCCAAAGUUGUGGGAGAGAAAUGGAGAUCGAAUACAGAGCCUAUCAACUAAUCUUAAAGAGAGAUCGAAAGGAGCGUAUGGUAACACUCGUGAGAAGAUUUUAAUGAUGAAGAAUAAGUUACAGCAUGGUACAGAGGAGAAAGUAAAGAAAACACAGUAG